UCGUGUCAGGCGCCCACGCGUGUUUAUUAAUCAAAAUUAUUCAUAAUAAUAUAAUACCAGCAGUGUGUACAUUAUAAUAUAGUAUAGAUACGAUACUACGAAGGGAUGGCUUGGCGAGUAAUAUUAUGUGUUAUAAUGUGUAUUGAAAUUGUGUGAAAUAAAAUAUUUUAUACGGAUUAAUCGUCGUCGUGUAAUACUUGCUCACCAACUAUAGGCACAUAUUAACAAUAAUAAUUAAUGGGGUCGGUGCGCGUAUAAAUGUUUUACCUUCCUUUAUGGUAAUAAUAAUAUUAUUAUAUUAUGUUUAUACUUAACAGAAUCCGCACGAUAUAAUAAUAGAGGCACGAAAUCAACGUUCUUCCGCGAUCCCGUCGUGUGUACCUAUACUAUACGACGCCGAAAUUGUAGGUACGCGCACAGCAUUAUAAAAACUUGGGCCGAACGUUGUCAUGUCCAACAAGGUCGCUGUUACUGAAGAUCAAGUUUUUUUUUUACUCGUUAUUAUAAAGGGGUUGUCCGUGAACUUCACAUAUUUGCAUUUCCCCGUAUAUUUUUGUUUUAACAUUAAAAUAAUACCCAGACGCGUUGUCCAGCCGCCGUUUGCCAUGACAUCUACACUGUACAAUAAAAUUGGACUUAUACCUAAACAGAAACCGAUUAGAGUAAUGAUUAUGGGACAACCCGGCGUGGGGAAAACUGCGCUAUUGGUGAGGUUUGUAACAAAAAAAUUCAUCGGUGAUUACGACCCCAACCUAGAGAAAAUGUACACGCACCAAGUGUCCAUGGAAUCGGAAAUGGUCAACUUCGAGAUAUUGGACACCGCUGGAUACGUACAAGACAAAUCUUGCAACUUAGAAAUGAAUAUGCGCUGGGCUGACGUGUUCAUAUUGGUAUACUCCAUUACGGAUAAAUGUUCGUUUGAUGAUUGCAGUAGACUCAAGUUUUUGAUUAACUACAACAAAAAGAAACGUCGUCUCUCCACUAAAGAUCAUCCAUUUGAUGUGCCAGUGAUACUGGUAGGUAACAAAGUGGAUCAACAGUAUGAUCGGAUGGUGACGUACGCAGAAGGUCGGAAACGGUGCCAGGAACUUGGAUGCGUGGCUUUUCAUGAGAUUUCAGUGAGGGAAGAUGUCGACCAGGCGUAUGCAGUGUUUAAGGAAGCGUAUACAUGCUGGAAAGCAAUGUCUAAAAAUCCAAAACUAAAACGCUCUUCUUCUGAUCACGGUGCAGAAGCACUCUUCAAUUCAGCUUCUAGAUUCAUAAGUUGGCCGUUAGUGUUCGGAGAUAGCGCGUGUAGUUCAUCAAAUCGUACGGAAGACACUCCCGAGUUCCGUGCCAGGGCUUCGACGGAAGGACACAUUCGAUCAGGCACGACGGCUUGUCGGUACCUGCCCACGUUGUCAGCCAGAGGAAGUAUUUGCUGCUAUUUGAAGAAAUAAAAAUCAACACCGUCGCGUAUAAAAUAAUAUACAUGUACACAAUAUUAUUACAACAUAUUAUAUAUUAAGCUACCUUAGCUACCUACCUAUAUAUUAUAUUAUAUACAUUGUGAGUGGCAUCGAUAAUAUUGUCUUGAUGCACAA